AUGUAUCUUGCUCCAGUACCAGACAAACUCAUAACAACAACAGAACUCAUUAUAACUCAAGCAUGUCAACUACAGAAAUGUCUGGCCAACCUUCAAGCUAUCACAGAAUGUGUUCAUGCAGACCAGAUUGCUUCACUCCAACAAUUUGAAGAAACAUACAAACAUUUGAUCAAAGAUUUUAACUUUGAACCCAGUCAACUAGUCCUCAUACACAACUCCAAAUCACAAAUGGAUCUUGGACAAAAAGCCAAGCUAUACUAUCUCAGACCAUACAUAGUAGUCUGUCAUACACAAGGAGGAUCCUAUAUUGUAGCUGAACUUGAUGGAUCAGUCUCCUGUCUUCACAUUACAGUGUUCUGCUUGGUUCUGUACUUUGCCUACACUACACUCUCAAUUCUAGUUACACAUCUUGUUGAAAACUUUGGUCCAGCUAAUGAAAUCAACAACACUAACAACCUGCUACUGUCAGACAAGCCUUCCAAGGACUCUGACUCUGACUAA